CCUAGAAAGGCUUUAAGCUUCGGUGGACAAAUAAGAGUUGAGCCGGAAGUGCCCACUGCCUGCCUUAUUGGGCCAUUUCGGGCUUUGCUGAAUGCUGACCAAUCAAGCACGAAGCUUCCUCCGAGGGGAAUCCCACAACUAUUGGGUCUUGGACCUAAUUGA